AACAGUUUAUUUGACAUCUCGAAAAAUCGAACAAAAUUUGGAACAAAUAGUUUCUACAGGUCAAUGUUGCUACGUACACUUUCGUAAUUCUAAUUUUUAUGGUAGUUUAAAGAAGUUUUUCCGUGGAGGAAAAGUUAUUGUUAUUUUUUUUUAAAUUCGUGUUUAUCAGAAGGAAAAGUAUUAAAGGAAAAAAAAAUUAAGUGUCCUUGGAAUAAAAAAAUGUUUCAGAGGUAGCAUUCAAAUUCAUGGGUCUUGGCGACGAAUUAAGUUUUUCGUCACAUAUUGUGACGAGUUUUAGUACAUCUUUAAGACGAGAUGAUAUACCUAUUAAGCCUCAAGAUUCCUUGUUCCAAAAGAAAAAGAAAGAACAUCUGCGUAUUGUUGCAAUAACGAUAUGCUUUGUAUCCGUAUUUCUCAAUUUAAUAUUAAGUGUACUUGCUAUAACUUUUGCCAGUCUUAGACACAGUCCAGCAACAUUUGCAUUUGCGGCUGAUUGUGGUUUAGAUCUUUUUUCAUCUUUAAUAGUGAUAUGGAGAUAUUUUGGUACUCCUUACAGCACUAUAUCUCACUCAAGAGAAGUAAAAGCAUGCCUGAGUUUAGGAAUUCUUUUUGUGCUUGCCGGAACAGGAGUGAUUUUUGAAGGCAUAUAUUUUUUGUGCAUAAGAGAAGUUCCAAAUUGGUACACGGUGUUGCUAAUAUUAUCUGCAGUUGGAGCAGGUUUUUGCAUUUUACUUAGUGUGGUUAAAUAUAUUUUAUCAAAAAAGUUGGAAAGUGAUACUUUGUUUUUGGAUGCUUUAAAUUCAGCUUUGAGUGGGCUGUUUGCUUUUGUGAUAAUCGUAAGUGAUAUUGCAUAUUGGAAGGAUGAAAAUAUUUGGUUCCUUGAUCCAGUUCUUAGCAUAAUAUUAUCAGUGGGAUUAAUCGCUUUCGGAAUACGAACUAUUAUAAUACACGGAAAGCGGAUAGAGUACGAAACAAAUGGAAAUUGAUCUUUCUUAAGAAGAUGAAAAUGUAUUUUUUUCCGAAUACCUUUUAAACUAUGUAUACAGUGCUCUGAGAAUAGUUAUAAAUCCUGUGGAUUAAUUCAUGUGCUAUAUAAGAAUUAUUAAUUUUAUCUAUUAUUAAAGUAUAAAUUUUGGAAUCUAUAUAAUUUUUAAAUAUUUCCUUGAAAUAUUUAUAAUAUUGAAUACUGUAUACUGUUUUCAAUUUUUGCAAAAUUUGUUGAAUUUUGAUUUUUUGAAAUUGAUUGUAUAACUAAUUAGCGUUGACAGUAAUUUUAUUGACCUUGUUUAUUGAUUUCUGUAUAAUAAUGAAUAAAAAUAUUUUUGAAUAAAAA